AUGGUUGCCAUUGGACCGAUGUGGGCAGCUAUCCUGGUGUCUUUGCUGGUAGCAAUCCCUGCCUCUGUCACCACCUUCGGAGACGGAAGAGAGAUUCCAGCGGUCCUCCGUUCUUCCCCACAAGCCUCUCCUGUGACUUCCCUCGCAGGAGGCCACACCUUAGACAAACACAGCAUAUCCUUCAGCUCUUGCACGGGCGUCUACGACCGCGAACUCCUUGUAAGGCUCGACCGCGUGUGCGAAGACUGCUACAACGUGUACCGCGACCUCGGAUUGGCAGCCGAAUGCAGGAGUAACUGUCUCCACAACGAGGUGUUCCGGCCUCGCCAAAAGAACCAGUACCGGGCCGCCCAGCAAAGGCUCGGCAAGUAG